CUCAUUUAAAAAUAUAGUCCUGCUUGUGUGUAGUCUGGGUUAAAUGAUCCUUUGUAUCAGAAAGAUAAAGACAAAAUAACCAUAUGGAAGUAGCUCAGUACUUCCGAAAAAGGAAGAUGAAGGUUUAAGUGGUUGAUAAAUUUGAAAAGCUGAUUAUACGUAAUAAUCACCGUGUUGGGGGAGCACAUGAAAAUGAAACAGAUUGUAUUAUGUUAUUUUAAAAAGUGACAUGACAAUUGAACCAUUUUAGAAGAACAUGAAAAGGCAGGAGUUAAAAAUAGUUAAAUUAACGUCUUAGAAAACCAUCCACAGGGAAGGUCAAAUUCAUUUUCAACAUUUUUCAAUGUGUAAAAAGAAUAAAGAGUAGAGGCUUUAAGAAGAACCACAAAUUCUUCAUGAGGCAAUGUUCGAAUGUAGAACAUGAGCUCAGACAAAUACACAAAAAUGAGUAAGGGCCAGGUCUAAUGUGGAUGAGGCACUAUAUCCUAUAGUAAACCAGAGAUAUAUAGGUAUGCUCAAUGCUGUAAAUUAAAAAAAAAAUUCUGGGGUCCAUUUUGUUGCGUGUGCACCUCUUGCAAUAAAUUUGAGUCAGCACCAAUGACAGCUCUGCAGUCCUCCUAUGUGGCGCUGAUCAGGUGGUUGCAGAGCUUCAGCUCACAGCGACACAAUGCAGCUAGCUGAGCAGGCAAGCACAGCCCACAGCCAGAAGCGGUGCCCACUCUCCAGAACAAGGCGACCUUUAAGCUUAAGUUUCCCGGAGAAAAUGAGAUGCUGCUGCUGAAGACGACACUAUGGUAAGCUGUUAUUUAGAUCAGUAAAAGAUUGACUUUGGGAUUCCCCCCCCCCCUUUUUUAAAGAAAAAGUCAGUGUGAGGACUGAAUAUAUAUUCAGAAGCAAGUGCAUGCACCAGAAAUUUGCUGCAGUGUCAGUAGAGGGGUUUCUUUUUAAUAUUCAUUCACUUUGUGAAUGUCCACAUUGCUUUCUUUUAGCAUCGGCACUGAAAUAUACAGAAAAAAAUCACUAUAAAAUGUGAGGUUUAAGGGUAUGGUGUUGGUCUGAAUUUUUCAAGUGCCUUAAAAUGUUUUACAAGGAUAUAUUUAUCCUAAAAAGACAAAGAUGAAUUUCAAAGUAUUGUUUUAAUAUCUAAAUAAAAUCUUACUCUACACACACAAUUGACUAUUACAUUACUGCCGAGAUUUAAAAAAAAACAAAAAAACAGACAGCCAUUUUUUCCUAUCAGAGUAAGAAAGGAUAUUAUCAAAAAUAGUAAUAGCUUAAGAUUAUGACUCUUUAUAUGCAGAGAAUGCCAUUUUGUACUGUAAAGGCUCUAGGAAGAUAAAUAAGAAAGACUAUCUAUGGUAAAAGAAGGGAGAAAAUGCAGAAGUAGGGGGAGAGAGUCCCUCUCUACCACAUAGCCCCAAUUGAAGGAUUAAGCAUUUGGACUAUAAAUGAAGGGGAGCUUUGUUAGUUUAAUCACUGGAACAAUUAUAAAAGGACUCAACAACAAGGAGGUUUAUUGAAAAUUUUGCCUAAUGCUAACUGACCCAUGCAGAUGCCUAAUUGUGUUUGCAUAUUAAAAGAAGGGUGUAUCUGUUUGUUUCCAGGCUUUGAUGGAAUAUCAGAUAUUGAAAAUGUCUCCCAGCUUGUUCAUCCUUCUGUUUCUCACACCUGGUAUUUUAUGCAUUUGUCCUCUCCAAUGUAUAUGCACAGAGAGGCACAGGCAUGUGGACUGUUCAGGCAGAAACUUGACUACAUUACCAUCUGGACUGCAAGAGAAUAUUAUCCAUUUAAAUCUGUCUUAUAACCAUUUUACUGAUCUUCAUAACCAGUUAACCCAAUACACCAAUCUGAGGACCCUGGACAUUUCAAACAACAGGCUCGAAAGCCUGCCUGCUCAGUUACCUCGGUCCCUCUGGAACAUGUCUGCUGCUAACAACAACAUUAAACUGCUUGACAAAUCUGAUACUGCUUAUCAGUGGAACCUUAAAUUUCUGGAUGUUUCUAAGAAUAUGCUGGAAAAGGUUGUCCUCAUUAAAAACACACUAAGAAGUCUUGAGGUUCUCAACCUCAGUAGUAACAAACUUUGGACAGUUCCAACCAAUAUGCCCUCCAAACUACAUAUCGUGGACCUGUCUAACAAUUCCUUGACACAAAUCCUUCCAGGAACAUUAAUAAACCUGACAAAUCUCACACAUCUUUACCUGCACAAUAAUAAGUUCACAUUCAUUCCAGAUCAAGCUUUUGACCACCUCUUUCAGUUGCAAGAGAUAACCCUUUACAAUAACAGGUGGUCAUGUGACCACAAUCAAAACAUUACUUACUUAUUGAAGUGGAUGAUGGAAACAAAAGCCCAUGUGAUAGGGACUCCCUGUUCUAGCCAAAUAUCAUCUUUGAAGGAACAUAACAUAUAUCCCACACCUUCUGGAUUUACCUCAAGCUUGUUCACUGUAAGUGGGAUGCAGACAGUGGACACCAUUAACUCUCUGAGUAUGGUUACUCAACCCAAAGUGACCAAAACACCCAAACAAUAUCGAACAAAGGAAACAACGUUUGGUGCCACUCUAAGCAAAGACACCACCUUUGCUAGCACUGACAAGGCUUUUGUGCCCUACCCAGAAGAGACAUCCAUAGAAACCAUCAAUUCACAUGAAGCAGCAGCUGCAACUCUAACUAUUCAUCUCCAAGAUGGAAUGGUUACAAACACAAGCCUCACUAGCUCAACAAAAUCAUCCCCAACACCCAUGACCCUAAGUAUUACUAGUGGCAUGCCAAAUAAUUUCUCUGAAAUGCCUCAACAAAGCACAACCCUUAACUUACGGAGGGAAGAGACAACCACAAAUGUAAAGACUCGCUUACCUUCUGUGGCAAGUGCUUGGAAAGUAAAUGCUUCAUUUCUCUUAAUGCUCAAUGCUGUGGUCAUGCUGGCUGUUUAAGGGUCUGCAUUUUUUGAAACGAAUGAAAGAACUCUUCCCUGAUGUAUAGUUGGGAAAAUAUGCCCCUAUCUAACCAGUGAUUCAAGCUAUAUAAGUAUUCAAGAAAGCCAGUCUUACAUUUCUGACUCUGAUGUAAAUGAAGUAACUUGUCUUAAAUAAAAGAAGUGCACACUGUCUUGGUACUUGCUGCUAUUUUACUGUAUUAAUUAAGUAAAACUAAUGAGUUUCUUUCUUUUUAAUGAAAUGUUUUCUUUUUAAGGCUUCAAUUUAUUGCACAAAAUAUAAAGCAUCUAAACUUUAAUAUGUAUUUUAUGUAUGUUUACACUGUCAAACAUCUGGGAAAAAAAAAUAAAAGGUCUAUGCUCAUAAUUGUGUCAUUUGGCUUCCUAGUCAUACCAACUUAAUCUAUUUAGUAGAAUCAAAAUGAUCUAACCACUUCUGUUCUGGGGUACCUUGGUAAAUAAAGUCU